UCAUGCUGCUGCCAGGUCCAGAGUCUCUCAUGGGUCCCUGUACGGCCUCCCAUUGCUGCUGUCUGUCUCCAUCGCCACACUCUGCCAUGUGCCACUUUCAGGUCUCCUCACACACUGCUGGUGUGUUGAAUUUUUUGACAUAGGGUGCUGGCAGAUUACGGGCCUCCCAUAGCUGCUGCCAGGCCCCUAAUCUGCCAUGGGCCCCUAUAUACCGCCUCCUCAUGCUGCUGCCAGGUCCAGAGUCUGUCAUGGGUCCCUGUACGGCCUCCCAUUGCUGCUGUCUCCAUCGCCACACUCUGCCAUGUGCCACUUUCAGGUCUCCUCACACACUGCUGGUGUGUUCAGUUUUUUG